UGCAAGAAUGUUUGUCUUCUAGGCAGAACAGUCAUAACACUCCUUAGAAUACACCACACUAACGGCCAAAUAGGAACACUUUAUUACAAGCCUAGGAAAUGAAGAACAAUUCCAAUACAUAUGUGCAUACAUACAUAGCAGCAGAACACUAUUAUACUAAUUUGUGUGCAAAAUAUAGGUUGCAUGAUGUUACAAGUCAUUCCUAAAUUGACCAGACUCACUUACUGCAAUGGAACUGUUAAAGCAACACCCUGACUUUCUGAAGUGUGGUUUAGGAAGGCUUAAAUAGGCAGAUGGCAGUGGGCCUUGGACUGCAGUUCAGAAACCAAGAUCAGAAAAGAUAUUAAACACAAAGGGUGAAGCAGGCCCAUGCUGUUUGAUUUUGCACAAUUAUCAGAAAAGAGGUGAUACAGUUACAAUUAAAUAAAAGCAAAGCCUUUAACAGAAACCUAAUUGGCUCUAUUAAAGCUAGUACCAAAAAAAGUAACCCAUACAGUAAAACGAUAUAAUCCAAAGCAUUCAACUCAUGCAGGAGUUGUUUCCAACGAAUUCCACGUAAGAGGAAUAAGCACAGAUAGGAAUGAGAUAAUGACAUACGGUAAUGCUAUGUAUGCUGCCUGGAGUGCCUGGAAGAAAGAUGGGAUGUAAAUAUAAAUCAAUAAAUAAGGCUAACUGAACUCUCUGUUGCUAUAUUUUCACUACUGCCUUAUGAGAGACCUGCCAUGGGCCUUUUUUGCACCUUUUCAGGUUCUUCUUAAUGGUGGCAUUUCUUUUCACCCAGAGUUCUCCAUCCAGACUUGGCCUCUUUCUCUAGAACAAAGGCCAAUCUCAACACAGAAAAAGAGAAUGGCCCAGAACUGAAUACUUACCUACCUACCUUCCAUCCAUCUCUCCCAUCCCAUCGCCAGUGCACAAAAUUACCAAGGUCAUAUCCACGUUCUUCAGCAAACAGCACACCCUUCUUUCAAAAAAAGCUACUAAUUAGCUGGGACUCCUGCGAGAAUCUUACGCACACGGAUCAUUCAUUUUAGCCAGUGAAAACCUAAGCUGCAAAAUACAAGACGCAUUGCGUUUGAGACGCCGCAAGACACUGUCCACCUCCAAAGAAGUAGCGUUUUAAAACUGCGCGCAAUAAGGAUUUUCUCCGACGUUAUGGGCCUAUUUGUCUGUAAGAGAUGUAGGUGCCUGCCGGAAGAGUCCCAUCACGGCUCUUUGGCUAUUAAGCAAACGAUCCGCGCUGCCCACCUCGCCUCUCCCGCAGGGACCCGGAGGAGGAGGAGGAGGAGGAGGAGGGGUGGGAAGGAGACGUGACACUGACUCAGCCAGCAAGAGGGACUUACCCAAGAGCUGCGCUGGGACACGCCGCCGGUUUUUGUACACGCCAGGAUGACUCCCUCUCCACGCUGCCGGGCAGCCGCUGAUCACGCGUGACCCCCGCUCGCCCAUUGGCCCGAGCCUCACACACCUUUGUAGGUGAUUGGCCGGUUCUGCGCCCGCCUUCGCCUACGCUAAGCUGGGGAGACACCACCUGAAUGGGGAGCUGCCCGCGAACAAAAAGAGAAAAAUAAAAGCGGCACCGAGCUCAGAGCGCCCGGGGCGGGGAGGGGACGGUGCUUGUCAAUAGCUGCAGCCCGCUCGUUCAGCAUCCGUCCGCCGCCUGACGCUGCAGGCUUUCCGCCGGAGUCAUGCUAAAUUUUGGGGAGUCUGCUUUCCAGCACGCCGAAGAGGGCAUGGAGAUGAUUACUGAAAAGCAGUGCCUCAGGAGGUGUUUUUGGAAUCAUGCCAAUGAAAAGAGUGAUUUUGAAGCAGUGGAAGCUCUGAUGUCAAUGAGCUGCAGCUGGAAAUCAGACUUUAAGAAGUAUGCUGAACGGAGACCAAUGACACCAGCUUCAGAUACGUCUGAGGACUUUGAAGACAACCUGCUACCUCCUGCUGAUUUUCGUACAAUACCAGCUUUUUGUUUAACUCCGCCCUACAGCCCUUCUGACCUUGAAAUGUCUCAGUCAGUCCAUCCAGCAACACCAGCACCAUCUUGUGUACAGAACAAGCCAUGUCCAGACAUUUCUGAGCGAGUCUUUACAGCAUCUCCUAAAGAGGCCCAAAAUGUUCCAGUGCCGAGAAUACUGAGAGCUCAGGCAACAAGCGUCAUUCGCCAUACAGCAGAUGCUCAGCUUUGCAAUAGCGUAACCUGUCCAGCAAGAACAGACUAUGUUAGGAAGUAUCAUGAUGAUAACAUGAAGGAAGCAAAUCAGAAUGGCAGUACAAAAGCACAUUCAGAAGACAAUACAGAAGAAAAACAACGUUUAUCUUGUAAAAGCAUCUUACUGAAUACUGCAUUUUCUGAAGAUAAGCUGUCAGACAUGCAAGAACCCAAAAGUCCAUUACAGGCCAUCAGCCCAGUGCCUUUUCAACAGACUGUACUUGGUACCUCUCCAUCUGUCCCUCGGUCUUCACAGGUAACCCCUCCACCUUCUGUGCAAGUAGGAGGAGUCUCUUCUAUGCCAUUUAUUUGCCAGAUGGUUCCAUUGUCUGCUAAUAACUCUGUUGUGACAGCAAUAGUAUCCAACACUCCUUGUGGUCAGUUGCCAUCCAACCUUUGCCAACCGAUGGUCCUCAUGGGAGCUCAAGUUCCCAAAGCAGCAGUUAUGUUUGUAGUGCCACAGACUGUUGUUCAGAAUACCAAGGCUCCGGUGAUCAGUCCUCACGGCACCAGACUGUCACCUAUUGCUCCUGCUCCUGGUUUGGCCCCUCCUGCAACAAAGAUCACUCCAUCUGUUGACUCUCUCAGAACAAGAAGUCAUGUCUGUAACUACCCAGGAUGUGGAAAAACAUAUUUCAAAAGCUCCCAUUUAAAGGCGCAUGUUAGAACACAUACAGGAGAAAAGCCAUUCAGCUGCAGUUGGAAAGGCUGCGAGAGGAGAUUUGCACGUUCUGAUGAACUAUCUCGCCAUCGCAGAACACAUACAGGAGAGAAAAAAUUUGCCUGCCCAAUGUGUAAUCGACGAUUCAUGAGGAGUGACCAUUUAACAAAACAUGCACGUCGCCACUUGUCAGCCAAAAAAUUACCAAACUGGCAGAUGGAAGUGAGCAAGCUAAAUGAUAUUGUUGCACCACAUACUUCUGUGGCUGCACAAUGAAAUAAUUCAGUCUAAAGAGGCUGUUUAAAUUAUUUUUUCAAUGUAUAACUGGGUGCCAAUGGUAAUGUGAAAAAAGCUUGCAGAAUAAAUCUGUGGUUCUACACUAUCAGAUUGGCAUGGCAUUGAAACAGAGGCAGUGGCUACCUGUAUUCCUGGGUGCGUAACAUAUAGGAUAGCCGGCAUUUUUGUGCUUUGAGGAAGGAGAAAUGGAAAUGUCAGCACCAGUUCUGGAAAGAGCUAUUCCUGUGCAUUCUGUAGCUGGGUAUAAGCGAAAGAGAGCUGCAGACAUUAGGAUGUGGGAAUGUUUUCAACGCUGUUGCAGACAAAAUACAGAAUCUCAGUUUAUGGUACAGAAUCAGGGGUAAACUUCAGUAAUAUUAGAGUGCUGAAACUUUUAAGUAGAAAUACUUGCUUUGUUCUCCGUUGUGAAUGAUAAUGGAAAUUUGGUUAUCAACUCCCUGAGAUCAAGUGUAUGUAUCUCCAUUUCCUGGUAUAUAAAGUAUAGCUAAUUUAGCAAUUAUAUAUAACUUAAGCAUAUCACUGAGAAAGAGGUAUCAUAUGGUGGAUUAUUCUAAGGUGCAAAUCAAAUAAUCUUUUUAGUAUUUCUUUUGAAAACAUCACAAUUAGUGCUAUUAGCUGUACUUCAGCGUUUUUUGGUUAUUUGUGCAUUUAAGUUGCUUGUUUCUUUUAUACAUUUAAAUUUCUAUAUCACUGAAACGUUCAAAACCUUGAUACAGUGCACUUUGUUUAAAGUAUAAUUUAAGAGUUACAAAGCUUUAUUCCUCAAGGAAGAACAAAAGCAGUAUGCUAUGUUACUUUCUGAAAUUUCUGUAAAAUAGAUUACAAUAGAAGUAUGAUUGACCUUUAUAUGUUAUAGAUAUAAUUUAAACUGAAAUAAAUUGGAAAAUGAUGGAUUGCUUAUGAAGCAAAGAAAGUCAAGUCAUCAAUCCUAGAUGUGUACACAAUGAUUUUGCCAUCAUUUUUUCAAUUGUCUUACUAUACUGAAUAAAUAUAAAAUUAUAAAGAGUGUUGUAAUAUCUAUUUUGUGACUACUUAAGAUUUUGCACAGUAUUUCUUAUGUACU